AUGAGCUCAAAUCCUCACGCUGCAGUAGUUGGAGCAGGAUUGGUAGGAUGCCUCGCAGCAUGUAUGCUCGAAAGUCGUGGAUGGUCGGUGGACAUUUACGAAGCCAGAGAAGAUUUCAGGAUACCUUCUAAUCUUCCCACAAGAGCUAGAUCGAUCAACUUGGCAUUUUCAGCUCGCGGGAUUGAAGCAAUCAGAUCAAUUGACUCUGAUAUGGUCGAUAGAUUAUUGCAGCAAGUUAUACCUAUGAAAGGAAGGAUGAUUCAUAGUCCGGAGGGCGGGUUAAACUCUCAACCAUACGGGUUGGAUGGAGAGAGGAUCAACUCAAUCGACAGAAAUCUCUUGAAUCAAUCUUUGCUGAAAGAGGCCAGCAAGAGAAGCAACAUCAACAUUCACUUUUGCCACCAGCUUGUUCGAGCUGAUUUUGAUGAGAGAUCGCUGUACUUUCGCAAUUCGAAGAAUCAAGAAGAAGUUCAUGUCAAAGCGGAUCUGACUAUAGGAGCAGAUGGAUCAUAUAGCAAAGUCAGGGAGCAAAUCAUGAGGCGGAGUAGGGUCGACUUCAGCCAAGAAUACAUCGAUGAUCUGUAUCUCGAAUUAUCAAUUCCACCUGGAAAAGAUGAAGUGACUGGAGAACCAACUUUUGCGCUGGACCCGCAUCACUUGCAUAUCUGGCCACGUCAUUCCUUCAUGUUGAUAGCUUUACCUAACCAAGACAAAUCCUUCACAUGUACACUCUUUGCUCCAUUCACAGGAGUUUUCGAUCAACUCGAGCCUCCUAAAUCGCCUCAGGAAGAGAAGAAAAUUAUUCAAUUCUUUGAAACACAUUUUCCUGAUGCACUAGGAAUCAUGGACCAAUCUGAAUUGAUUCGGUGUUUUCAGGAGAAUCCAAGGGGCAGCUUAUUGACAAUAAAGUGCACGCCGUAUCAUUACAAAGAUAAAGCCCUCAUAUUGGGUGAUGCUGCUCACUCUAUGGUCCCAUUUUAUGGCAAGUCAAGUCAGGGCAUGAAUUGUGGGUUAGAAGAUGUCAGGAAAUUAAGUCAACUCUUGGAUAAUCGUUCUUUAUCCCUUGAAGAAGUCUUGGAAAAAUACAGUUCCACUCGUCACCAGGAUUUGGUUGCCAUUUGUGAUUUGGCAAUGGGAAAUUAUAUUGAGAUGCGGGAUAAAGUGACUCGUAUCGAUUACGUGAUGAGAAAAGCCUUGGAUGGAUUCCUAGCCAAAAGCUGGUUUCUGAGAGGAAAAUGGUUACCUCUCUAUACCAUGGUCACUUUUCGACCCGACUUGAAUUACAGCGAAGUAGUUAAGCGCGAAGAUCGACAGAGCAAGAUCAUAAAGUGGAUGUUUAGACUGACGACUACUUCGAUGCUCCUUGGUUUGGUGUUUACACCACGAUAUUGGUCAAGAUUGAGUAAGAUGUUGCGAGAUUGA